GCCACGGCUUCAACCAGAUACAGGGGCAGGUCGGCUGCAAGGAAACAAUUAUUCGAAAAGUAGUAUUAAGGGUAUGAUAGUUCAAGAGGGGUAACGCACGCUGUGUAGAUGAAAGGUGUUUAGCAGUGAAUUGCUUUCAUCACUCUUUAUUCACAAGUCUAUUUAUAUUGAAAGGGGCGGGCGGUGAGUGAUAGCUAGCUCAAGAGCCAGGGAUAUGUGGUGAGGUCCUUGGCCUAGUAAUACUGGGAUUUUGCUGAUCCACUUUCACAAAUUUGGAAUUAAGUGCAUUUCCAGCCCCAAACUGAAGAAUUUUAAAGUGUUGUUGUUAUGGAAAACGUUUAAAUGAUGUUGAUGUCAUGACAACAUGACUGAGCCUAAUGAAGAAGAAAUCAAGAAUGCCUUGGACAGCGGUUCGAAUCCAGAGAAACACUCAACGGUGGAUGCACAUCAUUCUUGCAUCAACCUCAAUGGGGAGAAGUGUGAAGCAGUGUCCAAAACUCCACACACUGCAUCCAAGAGCUCAUCAGUCCAGAAAUACAAUCAGCAAUACCCUUCUCUGUCUUACAGCCCUCUGAAGAGGCUGCGGGACCUGACCUCCAUGGUGAGCCACUCCAACUUGCCUCUUCCUGAGAGGAACAUUCAGGAGGUGACGAAUCACACACACAUAAGGAAACGAGUGAGCAGAAGCAGGUAUGCUAAGCACACACAUCAGGCCACUUCAAACAAUGCCAGAGUGGCUGCAGCUUUUCUUCCUGAUGCAAGCUCUGAGAAGAAGGAUGGCCAAUCAGCUCCAUCUGAUGCAAACACUGGACAGCACACGUUGGGCCCUGUAAACCAACGCUGCCUGCACUUUGAAUCCAUUUUAUUAGAGGAUGGAGAUGAAGGCCCUGGGGCAGAGGAAGACACUGAAGCACUUUUGAAAGGGAAAGGUCAAGGGUCAGAUGACUCACUGUCAACCUGUGGCACAGCAGAAGUUGUGGUCACCAGAGGUCACAUGGUUGAUGAGGAUACCAACACAAAGCACAUCGUAGCCAAACAGAGGGCACCUGCUGCCGCCAAAAACAGCUGUGUUAUGGAAACAACAGAGAUGGAAUGUGAAGAUGGUCCAGAUGAGGAUGUGGACAAUGACUGGGGGCCAUCCAGUCCUACACAGUCAGCAAUGACCAGCAGCCCAAAGAAGAGUCUUCUAGUGAAGUAUCUGGAAAGGGAGGUAAUAUGGGCAAAGUUCAAUCGCAGACCAUGGUGGCCUUGUCAGGUGAUUCUGAAUGCAACACAGGGAGUGUACCACAGAAUAAAAGAGUCAAGUGACAGACCUUGUCGUCAGUACUUUGUCCGCACAUUUGGGGAGCCUGUGGAGAUGGCCUGGGUGCCUGGGAAGGCCACACACACUUUUGAGGGUGGUCACGAGUUUGAGCAUCUACCUGUGCUAAGGAGGAGAGGCAGACAAAGAGACAAAAACUACAAAUACACUAUACCCAAGAGGUUUCUUGAGCCCUGGAAAACCAGUGUGGCAGAAGCAGAAGCCAUAUUCGCUGGGCAACCGAAAAAGGCCAUGUGUGAAUCUGAUGUUUCAGAUGAGACUUUUAGUAGCACUAUUCCAGGAGACAAGGUCUCGACAACUCCCAUGUGCCAGUCUUCCUCUGGUGGUAUCCAUUCAGGUGGUGAUGACUUGCACCCAAGCCACCCAUUGAUAACAAAAGACAAAAACAUUUCUAAAAAUAUACAUCAAGUCAGAAAAAAUCUAUGUCCUAACCACAGUUUGAUUACAAAAAAGCAGGUCUUUAACUUGACAAAUGUUCCUACUGAAGAGAAGCCAGAUGGAAUUGGAGAUAAUCCUUAUUCAGAUAUUGACUCAGUACCAAGGAUUUUGUGUCCUAAAGCCAAUGAACGGCCAUCUAAACCCCAAUCAACUCAGCCACCAGUUAUAAAAAAGGAGGAGAAGGUCCUGGGUGAGAAGGGUGGUCAUUGGUUCAGCAGACCAGGGAAGGGGCAUUCACUUGGAGGCAGCAGCCGUCCAGGCAUAAAACUCGUCCGAAGCUCCUUUGUGAAGGGAGCCUGCAGGAAAAAGGCUUUUGAAGGGCCCAGUACAAAAUGGAGGGGGAACAAAACACCAGGUCUGGAACACCUCUCUGAUGAGUCCAUGCAGGCCCUAAAGGGUCGACUAAAGUGCCUCCCGGCAAGUAGUCGCCUAAUGAUUAAAGCCCUCAAAGCCCUAGAGGAAGAUAAAGCUAUUUCAACAGCUCUCUCUGGCCACACAAGCUCCACGCCCAUAAAGAGUGAAGGGGAAAAGCUCUGUACCAAACUUACUCCAAAAGAAAAGCCAACAGCAGAACCUGAUUGCAAAUCCCAAAAUGCCACCUCUCUGACUACAAACAAAGAUCAAGUAGAACCACUGUCUCCAGGGCAACACACUGAGGGUGCAAUCAAAUCUGAAGAUGAAGCUUCACUCAUAUCCACAAAACCAGUUGCCAUCUCCUCCCCACCCAAUUCUGUGAAGACGGAAGGAGAGGCGUGUGAGGAACCUCCUGGUGCCUCUCCACAGCCGUUAGUCUUAAUGGUUGACGAUCUUACUGACAUGAAAGAAGUCACAUUCAAAUCGUUAACGGAUGAGGAGAGUGGCCAGCCUUUGUCUUUUCAACCCGACACAAACUACAAGUUCAGCACCUUCUUAAUGCUUCUCAAGGACAUGCAUGAUACUCGGGAACUACAAGGCAAACCUCUACUAUUGGAGCCUGACAACCCAAGUGCACUCAUCAAAGAGGAACCAUCCCUGCUUCCAGAAGAGGACCUAUUGACCUGUCUAAGUCAGGCCUCCCAAGCCAGGGGUAAAAGUUGUCCAAAAAGGAAGGUUUUGGUAUCCAAGUCAAAACAGGCAAAAACAAAGCAAAAGUCAGGGUCCCGACCGAAAGCAGAAAAGCCGCAACAAAUUCAGACUGACAGCCUGUAUAAGUACUCUUACACAAAUGUGAAUCAAAGAGGGCCAAAGAGUGGACUACUUGGAUCAAAGAGGAAACCAGGUGUGCCUUUUGAGUUUGCUUCUGGUGGAGUUCCUUUGGAUGGGCACAUACAGGAGCAGUCUCUGCUGGCAGAGGAUGCUACUGGGGUACAUUUCUUGGACAGUGCCCCAAAGAAGCGCUGGCAGAAAUUUGAACAGGACAGCAGAGAGACAGACAACUGUGGUCGGGAGAAAGAACGACCACCAAACACCUCCUUCAAGGGUGACAGACUCUCUGUGCCAAAGAAUAGUCUAGACCAAGGCAGAGUUUCCAACUCAAAUGAUGGUACAUCAGUUAGUCAAACUAACUCCACAGAAGCACAUACACAAUCCAAACGCCUUAGAAAACCCAGCAAAAGACUUAUUGAAUGGACAGAGGAAUAUGAUCAGAUCUUUUCCACAAGGAAGAAAGCAAAGAAAAAAAAUGAGUCACCUGCAAAGGCAGCUCAGUUGGGCAUCAUAAAUCAAGAAGGGUUUGCACCAGACAAAGAAAUGGACGGAAUCUCAAGGUCACUUCCUGAAAUGCAAACCCCACCCCCAGAAGAGUUGAAGACCAAUGAAGAAAUUUCACCACCAAUCACAGAGAACCCUACAUGCCACGCCUUACCAAUCAGCACACUAACUCCACCCCCAGAGGCUGGUUGUGAUGAAGGAUCUGUACUGAAUCAAGAGCAAAUUGAGUCUGCUGAUGGCCAACUCUUGAACAGAAAGAGACAAAGGAAGCCCACCCUGAAGUUUCUGGAAAGUUCAAUAGAAUCAGAGCCAAUUUUAACGCUAAAGAGAAAGGUGAAAGCACUGAAGAAUAGUUCCGGUCAUAACAUCAUCUCAGACUCAGGUCAGCUUUCAGCCAAAAUGAAAGGAAAGACAGCAAUGGUACCAGGACUAACCGACUCCCCAGCCCUUUUAAAUUUGGAAAAAGAACCAGACUGCUCACCCGGAGCCUCAGAAAGUGGCAGCUUAAUUGACUUCCAUGAAGAAGAUGGGGAUGGUUUUAACUCAGAGGUGAUUUCAGCCACCAGUGACUGUUCUAUGGUGACAACUGGGUCUUUUGCUACUGCGGAGAGUCCUGCUCUUCAGAAAAGGUUUUUUGAAGAGAGAAGUGACACAGCUAUGCUUCGGGAGAAUGUUUGUCAGGUGUGUGAGAACCCUGGGGAUCUGAUAAUGUGUGAGGGACAGUGUUACGGAUCCUUCCAUCCACGCUGUGUUGGUCUCUCAGAGCCUCUGCAAAGGAAGUUUGUCUGUCAAGAGUGUAGCUCUGGUGUGCACCCCUGUUUUGUGUGCAGGAAGUCAGGAGAUGCGGUGCAGCGCUGUGUGGUUCCGACGUGUGGCAAGUUCUACCAUGAGAAGUGCAUCAUUGAGCACUCCCCCACCGUGCCCCUGGCCUGUGGGUUCCGCUGCUCCCUGCAUGUCUGCCUCUCCUGUUUCAUCACCAACCCCACCAGCACCUCAGCGUCCAGCGGUCACUUGACCCGCUGUGUGAGGUGCCCAGUUGCUUAUCAUGCCAAUGACUUCUGCAUGGCAGCUGGAAGCAUCCCCUUGACGGCCAACAGCUUCCUGUGCCCCAACCACUUUGUGCCCCGCAAGGGCUGCCGCAACCACGAGCACGUCAACGUCAGCUGGUGCUUUGUCUGCUCCGAGGGGGGCAGUCUUCUGUGCUGUGAGUCAUGCCCUGCAGCUUUCCACAGAGAAUGCCUGAACAUUAGCAUGCCAGAGGGAAGCUGGUUCUGCAAUGACUGCCGUGCCGGAAAGCGACCUCACUACCAGGAGGUGGUCUGGGUCAAAGUAGGCAGAUACAGCAGGUGGUGGCCGGCAGAGGUCAGUCAUCCCAGAGACAUCCCAGACAACAUUCUACGGAUGAGGCACGACCUGGGGGAGUUCCCUGUGCACUUCUUCGGGUCCAACGACUACCUGUGGACCUACCAGGCCAGGGUGUUUCCAUACAUGGAGGCAGAUGCCAACAGCAAGGAAAAAAUGGGGAAAGGUGUCGACUCCACUUACAAAAAAGCUCUUGAGGAAGCUGGCAAACGGUUUCAGGAGCUGCAGGCAGAGAAGGAGCUUAGGCAACUUCAGGAGGACAGGCGCAAUGACAAGAAGCCACCGCCCUACAGGCAUAUAAAGGUAAACAGGCCCAUAGGCAAGGUCCAGAUCAUCACUGCUGACCUCUCAGAGAUACCCCGGUGCAACUGCAAGGCGUCAGACGAGAACCCAUGUGGCAUCGACUCGGAGUGCAUCAACCGCAUGCUGCUGUACGAGUGCCACCCUCAGGUGUGCCCGGCGGGCGCACACUGCCAGAACCAGAGCUUCACCAAGCGCCAGUACUCCCAGGUGGAGAUCUUCCGCACGCUCACGCGAGGCUGGGGUCUCCGCUGUUGCUCGGACAUUAAAAAGGGGGCAUUUGUGAGUGAGUAUGUUGGGGAAGUGAUUGAUGAGGAAGAGUGUCGUGCUCGAAUAAAGCAUGCACAGGAGAACGACAUUGGCAACUUCUACAUGCUGACACUGGACAAGGACCGAAUCAUUGAUGCAGGGCCCAAGGGAAAUGAGGCUCGUUUUAUGAACCACAGCUGCCAGCCCAACUGUGAGACACAGAAGUGGACAGUAAAUGGAGACACCCGUGUAGGACUGUUUGCUCUGAAAGACGUAACAGCUGGCACAGAGCUCACAUUCAACUACAACCUAGAGUGCCUGGGCAAUGGGAAGACUGUGUGUAAAUGUGGGGCAUCCAACUGUAGUGGUUUCCUUGGCGUGCGGCCAAAGAACCAGCCCCGUGAUGAAGACAAGGCGCGCAGGCAGAAACGAAAGGCUCAACUGAAACGCAAGCCGGCCAAAGUGGAGGUGACCAGAGAGCGGGAGGACGAGUGUUUCAGCUGUGGGGACUCAGGCCAGCUGGUGUCCUGCAAGAGGCCAGGCUGUCCAAAGGUGUACCACGCAGACUGUCUCAGCCUCACCAAAAGACCCGCAGGUCGUUGGGAGUGCCCAUGGCACCAGUGUGACGUGUGCAGUCAGGAAGCGGCCUCCUUCUGCGAGAUGUGCCCCAGCUCCUUCUGCGCCCAGCACCGCGACGGCACACUCUUCAUCUCCAAGCUGGACGGCCGUCUAUCCUGCAGUGAGCACGACCCGUGUGGCCCCGAGCCGCUGGAGCCCGGUGAGAUCCGUGAGUACCAGCCUGCUCCCUCCUGCCCCGGCCCAGCGUCCUCCCCAUUUCCCUGCAACGGCACCGAAGCCACUUCGCAACCCACGAGCGGGCCACCACUGCCGCCAGGGCCAGCGGCCUCCUCUCCAGACUCCCCCUCGUCCGCAGGCCAUCCUACCGCUGCACCCGAUCCCUCCGGAGACACACACAGCCACCACAGCGCGCGCCACACCCCGGGUGCAUCCUGUGAGGAGCUGAGGAGAGACGCGGAAGAGCCCCAGGAGGGAGAGGAAAGAGGCCCUGCUCAAAGCAGAGGAGGGAAGCCAGACGCGGUGGUGCUAUGGGAGUCAGAGGAACCAUAAGACCACAUAAGGUGCUCUGAACGUACAAUAUAGUCUAGUCUAGCUACAUCGAUAAAAGGAUGUUUCACAUCGUUCCAUCAAUUCCGUUUCAUAGCAUGGGUCUUUCUAACAGUUAUCCCAGUGUUUUGGAGAGGUCACUAUCAGCCUUUUUUAACAGCAGGUCAUCUCCCAGUCACGCUGUCACAUAUUGACUCAAUAGUUUUUUUAAUCCUUCUCAAUCAUGUUUACAUGUCAUGCCUUUUGGAGGAGAUGUGUAGAGGACAAAGAGAUCAAGGGAGAGGCAGACCCCCCAGACAGACAGGGACAUGCCCCAGUGAUGCCAGCCACCCCCCAAUAUUGACACACACACACACACACACACACACACACACACACACACACACACACACACACACACACACAAACACCUAAACACACCUAGACACACACACACCACUUACCCAAACACACACACACACAAACACAUAAACCUAUUUGAGGUCAUCCUUUAUGCGUCUACCGGCUUCUUUCCAUUGCCUUACCACAAAUGAUCUUUUUUAAGACACACAAUUAUGGGAGAGAAGGCAUGAUAUAACGAUACUGAUGCAGAAUUGAGGAUCUGUAUUAAAUAUAUGCACUGCUGUUGUGGAUAAAUUAGCUUGAAUUACCGAACGAAAGCCUUGGCUUGGAUUGAUCCUGUUUUUAAUUUUAUAGUCUGUAACAUGAAUGGGAGCAUUCCACCCACCCUUCAACAUUGUUGUUAAUCUCAGUUUUAAAGUGCCAGAUUAUCUGCCAUGUUGCUGUUUUGAUUCAUGGUCAUUUUAGCACUAAGAAAAUUGCAAGUGUAUUGUCUGUGUCAUAUUUAUAUUAUAAUGAUAGUUGGAACGCACAAAGAAAAGACUGUUAUACUGUGGGCAGCACCUUAAUGUCAAGGGGAUGCUCUUUGCCAUUCCCUACAUGGUGGAGUGUGACACUGUGUGUGUGAUAUUUUUGUUUUCUCUCCAGUCAUAGACAGAAAUGGAGAGACUGAAAUGUUACCAGAUUGUUUGACCAACAAGGUGGCGUCCACUUGUUAAACGGGAGGUGGUGUUUUACUCAGUAGUUCAGAAAUCUCCAUGACUUUCAGAAUGUAAUGUUUUUUUUUUUUUUUAAAGGCACAAAUGUUGCAAUUUUUCUUGUGAUUCAAAUCAGUUGGAUAAGAGGAAGAAAAAAGUCAGACAUUUUGCUCUAGUCACUAAAAGUUCAAACUAUGAGAAACUAUAUUGUUCUGAGGCUCAACAAAUUUACCACCAGAGAAGAAAACCAGCGAAACUGGUCCUUCUCUAAGUGGCAUCUCUAUGUAGAGAUUUGCACAUUCAUCACAAAUGCCAACAGAUGUGUUUUUGUUCACCAUUUCCAUGGAUCCAUCCAUAUCUGCACAGACCAAUCAAAUCCAUUCUUACUUUCUGUGACACAAUCUCUAGUACUUGUGUGAGGAACAAAGAUAUUUCCAUCAGCAAGCAUAUAUUGUAGAUGAAAUAACAUAAGGUUUUAGUUUUUUUUUUUUUUUAAAUGCCACAAUAUGUUCUGACACUGUCUAUGUACUGCUACAGAUUUGACCAAUUCUGCAUUCCAGUCUAAUAUGCCUAUCAGAGGAUAUAGUCAGUGAUUGCUUUAGCAUUUUAUAGAGCCCAACGAAAGGGUUAUGGUGCCAUAAUUUCCCAACUAUUAACCAAGGUUUGCAUAUUGUGCAACAUUUCUUCAACUAUAAAGUUAAUACAUGAGGCGGUCUAUACAUGGGAAUACAUUUAUUUUUUCUUCUUUAUGAUUAAAGCAUGAUCUGAUCCUGAUUCAUUGGGCUAUUGGGCACUGCAGUUAGUACACAGGUGUGGUUAAUAUGUUUUUUUUGUUUUUUUAAAUUGGCAUAAAACACUGUCCUGCAGUUUAUACACAAUGCGGCUAAUACACAGCAAAUUACUGUAUUUGCACCAGUGUAAUUAUGAAAGACAUCAGUGUAGGAAAUGCUAAAUAACAUGUUGACAGAGAGAACACCUCUGCUAAUUCCUCAUGGUAGCAGGUUGGUGCUUUUGUAUCACACAUUCCAGUUUGCAUUGCAUUCCAGUUACCACAUUUUAAGAACAAGUACCAUAAGUUUGUUCUGUCAAAAAUUGUGGUGAAAUUUUGAUCAAUGCAGGACAAAUGAUGAGGACAGGAAAUGUGUUCUUAUUCAGGAGUUUGGUUAGUUUGGCUCCCCCUGCUGUUAAGUUGUCCUUGUGAAAGUUAAAAUAUGACCAAAUCACAGAGCCCAUCUUGUCUUCUAUGGUUGUUCAGAUGACAUGGCAGGAUGGUCAUCUUCCCCUAAUAUAGUGUCAUUAACAAUGAAAUAUGGAAGCAAUGUGGAGGUCUAAGAAUCUAGAUGAUCUUGAUUAAUACGAACAUGAUUAUGUUGUGUCAGAUUUUAAUUUAUGCAAUUUGUUUAGUUUAUAUUUAUUUACUUUCGUUUGGUGCAAAUGACUCAGUAAACAUUGUGGUGCUCUAAAGGUCUAUGAUGGUUUAUUAAGACUGAGCUACUGAACACUGGAACUUGCAAUCAAAACUAUGACUAUUCUGGCUUAACCUUACUAUAGAUUGCAAGUACCCCUCUUGUUUUUAGUGUAUGUAUCAUGGUGUCGUUUCUACAAAAGAUUUGACACCAUUGCAUUCCCUACUGCCUUUUUAAAGACGUCAUGUGGCCACCUUGCUGUUUCUCGUUCUGUAACAGUUUGGUUUAUAAUGUGAUGAUCUGUCAAGCACUUGCUGUUUUGUAUGGAAGAGAUGUACAUGAGAAGGUUUGAGUGUUGUAACUAACUGUACAUAAUAAAGGAUGCCAUCACAA